AUGGCCAAAAGACUACAGGAAUAUGUUAAAUAUACCAUUAAAGAAUUGGAUGAAUAUGUCCAAACAGAAGGAUCGUGUGUCCACAAAAUAAAUACCAAUUUACACUUGUCCAUGGGUCCGUUUUGUUUAGCUGACUUUAAGCAUGUACUUAUGGCACAUAUUGUCCGUAACAAGGUGGGCAGCUAUGAUGUACAAUUGGAUGGUAUUGUGUUGGAUGUGAAGAAAGUUAAGGUGUUGGGUAAUACUGGUGCCCUACGGGCUGAUGAUCCCCGGAUACAUGUAAACAUCAAUGCUGAUGUAUAUGUUUUCAAACCCACCGAGGGCGCAGUGCUGACGGGAGUUGUGAAACACAUUGCUGCCCAACAUGUUGGUGUGGUGCUGUAUCGAGUUUUUAAUGCCAAUCUGAGAGUGGGCCACAAAGUGAACAAGGAGGAAAUACAAAUGGAUCAAGAAGUUAAAUUUCGCAUUAAUAAAUAUAAUUUACAAAAUGUAUUUCCAUACAUUGAUGGAGAAUUGCUGAUGGCCAAUGGAGAAGCUAUUAGCCACAAAGGGAAAAAAAUCGUUUUUAAAGAUAACGAAAAUGAUAAUGGCGAUUCUGGUAUAGAAGAAAAGGAAGGCGGCAUACAAGAACUGGAUGAACUGAUAUCGAUAAUCAAAGCCGAAGAACCUGAAGUUAUGGAACAGAGCAUAACUGCCGCCACCAAGAAAUCUUCAAAGAAAUCCAAGAAAACUCCAAAAGAAAAUGGAACAACUAAUGAAAAUAGUGAGGAAACGCCUGCCAAAAAAUCUUCAAAGAAACGUAAAAUCUCAAGUUCUUUGAAUUCCUCUACGGUGGAUUCCAAUUCCGAGGAAACAACUGUAUUAACACCGAAAAAGAUUAAAAAAGAAAAGGUGAAAAGUGAAGAUGAAAGUAUAGCAGCGACACCAGCUAAGACAUCCCUCCAAAUUAAAGCAGAAAGUUCUGAUUCAGAUGACUGA